UGAAGCGCAUUGUGUCUGGAUACUUUCUGGGGACCAAGUCUGUAACAAAACUGAUCUGCAGCAGCUUUCAAACACAGGCUGGCUUUUUCAAACUUCUUCUCUCUCAGAGGUCAGAAGUGUUUUGCCUUUUCUCUGACACGCAAGAAUUACACAUUUGCUACACAUACUGUAAAAAAAAAUGCACUUACUCAUGUCACAACCAUUCUGCCUUCUCUCCCUCCCACACACUUCUCUGGAAGUUAUCCCCCUUUCUCUGUCUUGUAUCUUCCUUUCCCUGUCAUCUUUUGUGACAUCUGCCUCCUGUCCUCCCUCAUCUACAUCAAGCUACAUUUAGGGAGGCAAGUCCACGUGCUGCUCGGAAUAAUAAAAAAAAGUAACACCAUUUAAAAAAAAAAAAAAAAAAACAAACAAAAAAAAUUGAAAUGUCACCUGAAUAAGCUGCGGCACCACGGCGGAGGCGUAAAUUAAUCAUUUAACUUCACCAAUUCAUGUAGAAAUGCAACAUAGUCUUGCGUGAAGACACAACUUCUCUGCACUGUGUGUGUGUGUGUGAGUGUGUGUGUGUGUGUGUGUGUGUGUGUAGGUGUUUGGCAGAGAGAGGUCUUUGCAUGAUUCAGAGAAAAUACACAACACUUGCUGGUAAAGUAAAACCUCCUUUUUUUUUUUUUUUUUUCAUCUAUUGUCUUUCACAGAUUGUAAGAAAACGGGAAAUUCCUUGAAAUCACAUUUUUUAUCGACUUUUAAAAAAAAAAAAAAAACUUUUAUUUUAAGGAUUAGAGGAUUACUGCAUUUUUGCUUUACAGAGACGUGACGCAUUCUGUCCAGACUUGCGUCAAACUGGGAAUCCAGAAGUUUCACUACUCGGUGUCUUAAUUAAUUAAUAAAUGGCGUCUCUGUGACCUCUGUAAGCUUAUGCUCGUUUCCCCUCGUGUCUGAGUCAUUCUCCUCCGCUUUCUGUGAGACCAUAUAGGCAUCUGUGUCCGGGGGCAAAGUGGCAGAAGUUGCUUCAACCUAAUUGUCUUUCUCUACUCGUACUGUCCUCAGAUGACUUUCUCUCUGUCUCCCCUCCCCUCCCUCCUCUGCUCCCUCUCUCUCUCUCUCGCUCUCUCUCUCUCUCUCUCUCUCUCUAGCUCUGCCCAGUCUCUGUCUCCGUCUGUAACUGUAGCCUGUGUUUUUCUCUCCCUCCCACUCCCUGCGACGUAUAGAUACUGCAUUGAUCAGACACACGCGCGCAGACACAUGCACACGCUGAGCCUCCCACUCCUUUCAUCAUUGAUUCGCUCUGCUCUGCUUUUCUUUCUCUCUCACCCCCAUUCUUCCUCUCUCUCUCUCUCUCUCCCUCUCUCUCCCCCCGGCAGCGGCACUUGUUGAAUUCAACCCUUGGAGAAUAGAGAGAGAGGGGGGGGGGUGAGAAACACACAGAGAGAGAGAGAGAGAGAGAGAGAGAGAGAGAGAUAAUGACAGGGAGGCAGAGCUGGAGCAGACAGGGAGCAGAGAGAAUGGGGCUUUGGAGGAUUUAGAGGUAGAGGAGGAUAGAAGGAGAAGAAAAGUCAGGGCAGAAGAGGAAGAAGAAUCGUCUUCGAGACACUUUUAAGCGAAAGAGAGAGAGAGUCGCCCAGACGGAGUGUAUCAGAGUCCUCUCCUUCCUUCUCCUCCGUCCUGGUCCUGACUGCUUCUGCUGCUGCUUCUGCUGCUGCUGGGGGUGUGUGUGUUUGUGCAAAGGCUCCAUGGUGUGUUUUACCCAGAAGACUGGCUCACACAGGUCAGAACUGUCUGGGAUACCAGCUUUUAUUUCUGCAUUUGUGCAUGUGUGAAAGAUGCCUCUCUCAGCGGUGGAGUCUGCAGUAAAUAUCUGAAACCCCAUCUUCCUCUACCUCGGCGGCCAACAUGUCCCAGCUGCUCCAUGUGGAGAUCCCGAACUUCGGAGCCACAGUUCUGGGCUCCCUGAAUGAGCAGCGCUUGAUGGGACACUACUGCGAUGUCUCCAUCCUUGUUAAAGGCCAGGCGUUCAAAGCCCACCGGGCCGUUUUGGCUGCCAGCAGCCUCUACUUCCGCGACCUCUUCAGCAGCUCCACCAAGACCCAGUUUGAGCUGCCCUCCUCCGUCACACCUGCUUGCUUUGAGCAGAUCCUCACUUUCUGCUACACAGGGAAGCUAACAAUGGCAGCUAGUGAACAGCUGGUGGUGAUGUACACAGCUGGCUACCUCCAGAUUCAGCAUAUAGUCGAACGGGGCAUGGACCUAAUGUUCAAGGCGAACUCCCCGCACUGUGACUCGCAGACGGCGGGGUCCUUAGAGGAGACGGGAUCUGAGCCGCAGAGUCCUUGUAAUAACGGGAACGGACUAGCUGUGGCGGCUCUUUUGGGGACCCCGGGGUGGUCUCCGUCCAUGCUACUGCCGCAGCGUAAGAUCAAACUAGAAAGCGGGGACCCCACGCCCCUGACGGUACCCUCGAUGCAUAGCAAGAUCUCGUCCUCGGAGUUGGGGAGCCGCCUUGCCAGGGCGAGUUCGCUCUUCUACACGACGGCGGGCGGGACCACAAUCCCCGGCGUCCCUCCUUACCACCUUCACGGGGCCAGCGGGGGCGGAGCUGGAGGAGGAGGAGGAGGAGGAGGAGGAGGGGGAGGAGUUGAAAGGUCCAGUCCUGGAGCGUCCAGCCUGCCGACCACUGACAGCCCUACCUCCUACCAGAACGAGGACGAGGAGUUUGAAGAAGAGCCGUACGACGGGAUUACAGACGAUGCCUACAGUCAUCUGUAUGGACGCUCGGCCAACCCCUACGGGAUCCAGGACAAGUCUGAGAUGGCAGCGGUGCCCUUGGCCUUGGAGAACCGCAACUGUGUGCUGAUCCGCAGGGACCUGGUGGCUCUGCCUGCAAGCCUCAUCAGCCAGAUCGGCUACCGCUGCCACCCUAAGCUCUACUCUGAGGGGGACCCCGGGGAGAAGCUGGAGCUGGUAGCUGGUACACAGGUGUUCAUGACUCGAGGCCAGCUGAUGAACUGUCAUCUAUGUGCCGGAAUCAAACACAAAGUCUUGCUCCGCCGCCUGUUAGCCACGUUCUUUGAUAGAAACACUUUAGCCAAUAGCUGUGGGACUGGAAUCCGUUCUUCUACUAGUGACCCCAGUAGGAAACCCCUCGACAGCAGGGUCCUCAACGCUGUCAAACUCUACUGUCAAAAUUUCAACCCUAACUUCAAGGAGAGUGAAAUGAAUGUGAUCGCCGCCGACAUGUGCACAAACGCAAGGCGGGUACGCAAGCGAUGGCUGCCCAAGAUCAAGUCCAUGCUGCCAGACAGUAUGGAGGUGUACCGUGCAGGGAUGGGCAUGGGCACCGCCGCUGCUGUGGGUCUGGGCUUGGCGCUGGGAGCCCCUCAGGCGGGGUUGCCCCUCCCCUUUGAACCUGAUUUCAAGUCCUUAGAGCAACGGUUGUACCCGGAGCGUAAGGACCCUCUCAGGACUCAUCAGCCGCUGAGGGAGGGCAGCCCCGGGUCUGGAGGAGCCGGAGGAGAGGCCGAAGGCGAGGGGGAAGGAGUAAUCCACGAGGAGCAGGAGGAAGACGAGGAGGAUGCGGGGUUAGAGGGGGUAGACAGAUCACUGGGGGCGCCAUCUUUGAUCCCAGGGGCCGAGGCGGGCAGCUGUGGCGACACGCCGCCAGAGCAGGAGGUGGAAAGUUUUGGACAAGGCCUGAGGGUGAACGGACAGUGAAUGCCUCUCUCACGUUGUGAAAUCUGUUUAACACCGCUUUUCUUUUUUUUCGCUUGCUCUCUUACUCUAACAUCUCGCCCACCACUCUUUCUCUUCUCCCCCUCGUGCUUCCUCAGCGGGAAUUUUUUCAGCACAAAAAGCAGCGCUCUUAGGUCUUAAUAUACAGGACAUUUUUGUCUCACAUGCAUGCGCACAUGUGUGUUCACACAUACACACUGACAGAAGAACUACAACACCCGGCAGGAGAAGUUGACACAGGCAUGGCAUUCACACUGUGAG